AUGGUGAAGAACCGUUACCCACUCCCGAGGAUAGACGAUCUCUUCGAUCAGUUGCAGGGUGCAUCUUGGUUUUCCAAGAUAGACUUGAGGUCUGGGUAUCAUCAGGUCAGGGUCAGAGAAGAGGACGUGGAGAAGACCGCGUUUCAAACUCGUUAUGGACAUUAUGAGUUCGUGGUGAUGCCGUUUGGGCUCACCAACACGCCAGCAGUGUUGAUGGACCUGAUGAAUCGGGUUUGUAGACCGAUGCUCGAUCGCUCGGUCAUAGUGUUUAUAGACGACAUCUUGGUGUAUUCCAAGACCCGAGAGCAGCAUGAGGAGCAUCUUAGGGAGUUGCUGGGAGUUCUGAGGCGAGAGCGGCUUUAUGCCAAGUUCUCGAAGUGCGAGUUUUGGUUACGAGAGGUCCAAUUCCUCGGGCAUCUCGUUAACCAGGAUGGGAUUUUGGUCGAUCCACCCAAAAUCGAGGCAGUCAUGUACUGGGAGGUUCCGAAAUCUCCCUCAGACAUCAGGAGCUUUUUGGGAUUGGCAGGGUACUACCGGAGAAUCAUACAGAACUUCUCCAAGAUUGCGGUACCCCUCACUCGUCUGACGAGGAAGGCGGUGGAUUUCCGGUGGGGCCAUGAGUAG